GAACGGCAGCAGCUCAACUUCAUUUGUUUUUGGACCUUUAAACGUGAAGGACGUGUGCAAACCAACAGCGGUGUGUAAACGAGCGAGCGAACCGAACCCUUCCUUUGAUACGACAACAACAAACUUUAGCAACGUGAAACCCUAUACAAUUUCUCUCACCAAGAGAGGGCGUCAAAUUUAAAAGUACGAAGGCGAAAGAGAAUCCUGAAUGACGUAGUAAAAUACACAAACUGCCAUUGUGUAAGGGAACAUGUGCGUGUGUGAGUUUGUCGGGUAUUUUUGCGCAAUUUUAUUUGUGUAUCCCGAGGAUUGGGGAUUGGUAUAGAAACCACCGAGAGAAAAAUAAUUUUCAGGAAUACAAAAGUAAUUUAUUUUCGCAAAACAGAUUGAAAAUUUUCAUACGAAAUAGUGAAUUUGUCAAAAUAUACUAGCAACGGAACCGAUAGUGAUUAAAAAAAAUCCAAGCAGAAAUGUCGGAAAACUCAUCAGAAUAUCUCAAACGCACCUGCCUCAUCUGCGGCUGUCAUACAAACCAGACGAUAAACAUCUAUGAACCUCGCAGUGGACCAAACAUUGUCCAGCUUAUACAGGCUAAAUUCAAAUUCCAGCCUUUAAAUGAGGACAAAUAUCUAUGCUUCAGUUGCAACAAUUGGCUCAUCAAUUGGCAUUCGCUGCAGGCUUUAAAUAGCAAUGAUGCCGAAAGUCCUUCGGGUACCUUUCGAUCCCAUUUAAAUAGCGGCAAUGUCAUGCAAGACGAAAAGAGUUCCGGUUCCAAAAAGCACGUGGCCGUAUACCGACCAAUCGCUCGCGUUAGCCCCCAAAACGUAGCGAGCCCACAACAACAUGAAGAAACUAGUGGUGGUCCAGCUUUGCAAACAUUCGCAACAGCUUCUGCUGACGCAGUCGCAGCAGGCGAAACGCAAAUGGAGGUGGAUUUAAACAAACUCAGUCAGAAAAUAAACUUUAAUAAGCGGCAUUUUCGAGCACAAUUGGGAGGUUUUAGACGAGGCCGACUGCAACAUAAGACCAUGCAGUUGUGUGCUUGUGGAAAAUUAAUUGUUAUCCGCCGUCGAUCAACCAAGCACUUCAAACCCAGGGAGGCAGCAGCAAAGUGUAGCAAAUGCAGGGAACUAACACGGAUUAAGUCUAGCUAUAUGCGCAGCAUUGUCCAAGUCGAACGGGAGCUGGCAUUGCGGGAAGCUCCACUCCUUUGCACAACGCGAAGCCUAGCAUCUGCCACUGACAGCAGCACGAUAACAGAAAACCAAUACUCCACUCCAACUCAAACAAAUGAGGAUGUGAAUGACCAACAGCAACGUCUCUAUUUGCCAAAACCAUUGGUGGACGGCAAAGUGGUUGCCAUGUUAAGGCGCUUAGGAACCCAUUUGUCUCGUGAGUCUCCCAGCGGAAGCGGAAACAAUAUCACCGCCACAGAACGUUUACCACAAAUUAUGAGUCCUACAAAGUCAACGUCGUUCAUGUGGCAGCGAUCCCUUGAGGACGAUGAAAUUUUGCUAAACUUUGAUGCGAGCAUAUCGGAAGUUCUACCCUCGUUGGUAGAUCAAAUUACGCAUGUGAAUUCCAUUGCAGCAAGAAAGAGGCUAACGUUUCAAGUUUCAGAGACUGCGGAAGUAGUCGACCUGUGCGAAGAAGAUGAUGUACAAGAGGAGGCCAAAGAAGUUGAGGACAAUAUUGCUCAUGCGGAAGAUUAUUGUACGACAGAGUGCAAAGAUUGUGCACAUCGCUCACAAUACAAAGAUUUGGCAUCUACUUUCAACUUGCCCAAAGGACUAUCAAUAACACUCGCUUAAAGAACGUCGUCAGUUAAAUCAAUCGGAAACAAUUGAAUCAAUCAAUUUAUCCAAGCGAACAACCAAAAAUGAAAGCAACACAAAUUUAGUAAAAUUUAGAGUCUUAUAAUACGUCCUACAAUCAACUUACUCCAACCCGAUCCCAGUUCACAUUGAAUACGUUCGUUUGCUCUCCCAAUUCACUUAAGUCAGACUGAGGAUUCCAAUGCCAUGUUAUAAUGUAUUUGUUUGUAAAUUUAUUUAGUUCAAUUUGUUA